CCGUCCCAUCCCGACCUGCCUCGCCAGGCACCCGCAUCCCCCAACCUGUCGCCAGUACAGGUCAAGCGCGAGGAGAUCCCCAUCUCCCUCGAGGAACUGAGGCAGUCGCACAGCCUACAGCGACCCCUCAAGCGAUCCCCCAGCCCUCCCUGGGGCCGCGGCUGGAAAGGCCUCCCAAGACCGAGCCCCGCGACACUCCGCCGCAUUCUUGGGCCAGCUCGUCGUCAGCGGCCGCUCAAGCACUCGUUCCUCGAGAAGUCCGCCCGGCGGACAGUCACAACAGUCGCCUUCGUCCGCAGGCAGUCCUUCGUCCCCCUCGUCGCCGAUAAUGUC